AUGAACGCUUGGACAGACGCAUCAAUCGCAAAUAUACUGACACCGUUCGUGGAAAACAACCUCACGUCCAACGUCACAUCUCUAGGCAACACAUCCCUCCCCAUCCUCAACUACUCCGAUCCCUUGCUAUCCAAGAUCUUGACCUCCAAAAAGGCCCUUCAUGUAUUGGAAUCAAACUUGGUCAAUAGUGACAGCGCAAACAGUUCCAAAACAUUGAUUGAACUCUUGAUUGCAUCAUGUGAUGGCGACUUGGUAACAUUGGAAAGUAUUAUACGAUCUAGUGAUAUCAACAUCAACCAAUUGUUUCCUAGUGAGUCCAAUGGCGUCUCCUGUUUGAUUUACUCCAUAUGCUUUAACAACUAUUCCGUGGCAGAGUCGUUGUUGAACAAUCACAACGCCGACCCCGACGUGUUUGACACCAUAGCACACUACACGCCGUUGAUGUGGGCGGUCUACUUUAAUCAAUUGGAUAUCGUCAAGUUGUUAUUAGACCACCAAGCCGACCCAUACCUCUCACCCAAGGACGACGACAAGAAUGCAGUAUCGCUAGUCACACUUGAAAACUUGGAAAUAUACGAUUUCUUCAAAUCACAUGGAUUGUUAAAACAAAAGAAAUCAGGAGAUGAUGAGAUUUAUGGCACAUCUUCAUUCCAAGGGGAAGAUUUUGAAGACGAAUUAUCAACAGAUUUACGCAUGCAAACAUUAUCCAGCAGUAUUAUAGAUGAACCGGAAGAAGUAAGAGAGGAUGAUGAUGACAACGAACAUGUUCUUUCUCAAGAUGUCGUCUUGCAACAAUUGAAUGAAUUUGAUUAUGAUAAGUUGUUACCUAACCAAUUCCUCAAGUUUUCCGAUCAAGAUAUUCCUGUUUUAUUGGAUUAUAUUUUUGGAUUAAGAAGUAAAUCUUCAUACCAACACAAUACAAAGUUGCCGGCUAUUAUCAUAUUCCAAUUGGUCAGAUAUGCCCAUUUGAAAGUGGAGAGUCCGGAACUUACCGAGUUCUUGUUUGAUUGUUUUACAGCAAGAUUGAGAACAGUCACCAAUACCAAAUCAGGAGCUUUUAAUAUGGCAUUACAAGAGCCUCAGGAUGCUACAUCGGCAGCAGGAGGAGCAGGAGAUAUUGUUUUGCUCAGUUACUGGUUAUCAUCGAUUCAAUUUCUUCAUUUCUACUUUACAAGGAACAAGUUGUAUCAAACCUUGCCUAAGUUUUUGCAAGAGAUUAUCAAUAUAACCCAAUCACUCAUUGCCACAUUAUCGUUUUCCAUUAAUUCCCGAUUGAAUUUAUUAGUGGACGAUUGUUUAAUCAAUUUCACCAAUUUAGUGGAUGUUUCUAAUGUUCUUUACGCCAAGGAUUGGAAUUUGUUUAAAAAGAACAAGACCCAUCCAAGCACAUACGAUGACAUUUUGGAUAUGUUAUUUCCACCCAGUGAAACCGAAUUAAUGAAACCUUCACCAUUAAAGUACAUUCAAGUGUUGGGUGCGUUGGACUAUGUGCUCAAGAUCCAUCAAGUGGAUAAUUUGUUACAAGUGCAAACUUUCUCACAGGUGUUUUAUUACAUCAAUGCCACAAUAUUCAAUCGACUUAUAAGCACGUCCAAGUACAACUCCCGUGCCAAGGCCAUUCAAAUCAGACUCAACAUCUCGGCGAUUGAAGAUUGGUUAAGAUCGCAUAAUAUGAAAGUAUACAGACCCGAGAGUCUCGGUAUUGAUAUUGGUCAUGAAUUAAAGAACUUGUUAGAAGUGGGCAAGGACAAGUCCAAGAAUGAUCCUCAUUAUUUGCAGUUUUAUUAUAAUUCAUUGUAUAAUGUGGGAAAGAAUCAGUUGACUCCUACUAUUGAGUUGUUACAGUGGUUGCAAUGUAUGUCUAGUUUACAAGACGAAGACAGUUUAGUCAAUACCAUCAACCAGUUUGAUUAUAUCAACUAUUAUCAAUUGUUUAAAGUUGCUAAUAAGUUGUACAAGUAUGAAGUGGAUGAGCCUAAGUUGCCUAAGAAAUGUACACAAUUACUCAAACGAUUAUCCAACGAACAAGGUCCAAAGCAAAUCGAACGGGGGGUCUUGCACUAUAUGACCCAGGCCACUUUCUUAUCCAAAGAGCUUUACAUUUAUUUGAAUCCGAACUUUAUAUUCGCCGUGAGUUUACCCAAUUUGACGGAAUUGAUCAACAAUUAUGGUGCUGGGUUAGGUGGAGUCAAGGUAUUCAGAAGUAAAAAGUAUCAACCUAGUUUGCCAAUUAGUAUUAUUGACGAUAUAGAUGAGAUUUUAACUGAGAAUAAGAAUCAGCAUUUGCAUGAUGAGUAUGAUUAUGACAGGGAGGAUGACGAAGAAGAAGACGAAGACAAUGAUGAGGAGAAAAAGCCCGGGCAAGAUUUCAAGGGGGAUCAGAUUUUCAAGCAGGUGCAAAUGCCCAAUUCUUUGUUGCACAAGAACUGGGGCGACGAAGAGAAUAACAACGAUUUCGAAGUGAAUCCUUGGUGA